UGCCAAUCUGUUCUACGCAAUCGCGCGCGGACGUAAAUUGGUUACGGUUCAAGGAAGAAGCGCAAGUUUAAAAGGGAUAGAGGAAUACACCCAGUGCCACCUAGAAAUCGGCUGUAUCAUGGCUGCACUAUAGUCUGUAUAUAGGUAUACAGUACAGUCUGGUUUCCUACUGCAGUACGAUAUUAAAAUGGCGUGUACUGAGGAACCAAGACGUCAUAAUAUUACGACAAUGAGAUAGUAGGGAUUCGUGAUAGAGGAAAAAUGCUAGUUGAGAUAUGGCAUUUUUAAUGAAGUAGCUUUACAAUUGGUAGAGUCUGCUUGGUACUGUUUUGAACGCGUGCACUAGUAUCACGAUGGGGUUAACAUUGAUUAGGAACGGAGUGGCGUAACCUUUUUGGGUACUGACAGAGAGGGUGGCCAGCACCUACUAUAUUUUACAAAACUAACUGAAAAGUAGCGCAAGUAAUAUAGGACCUCAUGCUGCACACAUCAGGUUUAUAUAAAUCUUUUUUCACAGUUAUUGUGAAAGAGUUGUAAUCUGUAAAAGGGAUAAACAGUCAAUAUGAGUGGAAUAGAUGGAGGGACUGAUACUGAAACAGGAUGGCACGAAUGUGCAAGAUGGCUGACACGGUGUGGAGCACUACGUGCAGACCAUCGAGCCAAUUGGCCUACUGCUACUGCAGUAGACCUGGCUUAUACACUGCGGGAUGGAGUGCUACUGUGUAAUCUAUUAAACACGGUAGAUCCAGGAUGCGUGGAUAUGAAAGAUGUAAAUCAGAAGCCCCAAAUGGCACAGUUUCUGUGCCUGCGCAAUAUCAAGGUCUUUUUAUCAGUUUGCUCAUCCAUUUUUGGCCUAUCAGAUUCAGAGCUCUUCGAACCUUCCAUGCUGUUCGACCUGUCCAAUUUUCAUCGCGUGCUGUGCACACUUUCAGCUCUUUCCAAUUGUCCACGGUUGAGGCGCAAAGGCAUUCUUGGUUUCUCCGUGGGUCGUGGUCGUUCUCAAGAAGACAUUUACAAAGAUUUACAAAGUGCAGGUGCAGGCCCCAUGGCAGCAGUGGUGGCGUUUACCAUAAAACCUAGGGGUGUGGACCUAGGUGAGUCCCAAGUUUAUCAGGAAUUACUCUGCUUUUCGACUACCCCUCAACACGACUGGCCUUCUCCAGAGGAGCGGCUAAUAGAUAGUGCAUGGCGGCUUGUUGUGUUCCCGUGCAAAAGGCGUGAGGACGAGGGCCGACGCAGAAGGUUUCGGAGGAGAGAAGGUGAUGAGGCAGGUGAUGAUGGGGAUAGCGAAGAUCCUGUCGGCGAAGAGGAUGGCUACGGAGCCUUCUGCAGUCACGCUCAGAGCGAAGAGAUCUACCAGGAUCUAUGUAGCCUGCACCAGCCACCUCCUCCUACUGCGGCACAGGGUGGUGUGAUUUCUGGUGGUGAUAAGAGAGAAUACGUCGUACAAGAACUAGUAGAAACAGAACGAAAUUAUUCAGACGUGCUGACCAGUUUACUUAGACACUUUGCCAGGCCACUGGGAUCACUUUUAAGACCAGAAGAAUCCGCCAGGAUUUUCUUUGGGAUAAAGGAACUCUCAGAGAUCCAUGUCGGGUUCCAUAGUCAGCUGCGUGAAGCUCAUAACGGAAGUGCCCUAGCUCAGGUAUUCCUUGACUGGAGGGAAAAGUUUCUCAUUUACGGGGACUAUUGUGCCAAUUUGACCAUAGCCCAAAAUGCACUCCAGGAAGCCUGUGCGCGUAACGAGGUGCUCAAUCAGGAAGUCAUUAGGUGCCAACAGAAAGCUAAUAAUGGAAAAUUCAAGCUUCGCGACAUACUUUCUGUGCCAAUGCAAAGGAUACUAAAGUAUCAUUUGCUACUUGAUAAAUUAGUGGAGGAAACACCACGAGAGUGGGUAGAGGAUCGGCGUCGACUCUCUAAAGCUCGUGAAGCUAUGGUCGACGUUGCCCAAUAUAUAAAUGAAGUUAAGCGCGAUUCUGACACCCUAGAUAUUAUAAAGGACAUCCAGGCAUCCAUUGUCGACUGGGACGUGACCGAGGACACCCAACUUAAAGAUUUUGGACGUUUGCUCAGGGAUGGUGAAUUGAGGGUCAAAGCUCAUGGAGAUCAAAAAAUUAAGGCACGCUAUGCAUUUGUAUUUGAGCAAGCAGUACUGGUCUGUAAAGCCGGUAAAGGGGAUCAGUAUUGCUACAGGGAGACACUUAGGUUAGACGAUUAUCGUCUGGAAGAUCGUAUAGGAAGACGCAGUCUUGGUAAAGAUUCACGUUGGUCUUAUCAGUGGUUACUUGUACAUAAGCAAGAGUACACUGCGUACACACUGUAUGCACGUACUGACGAGCAAAAACAGACGUGGAUAAAGGCCUUGCAAGAUGCUAUGGACAAUGUUAAUCCAGCCGCGUGUCACAGCACAACUCACAAAUUUCGACUGACUACUUUUGACACUGCUAGAAGUUGUCAGCGCUGUGGCAAGUUUCUCAAAGGACGAAUAUUCCAGGGCUACAGGUGCGACGUCUGCAGACUCGCUGUGCACAAGCAAUGCAUUUCCAAUUCCGGUUAUUGCAUGCCAGCUCCACCACCUCCGCCGCCACCUCCACCACCACCUCCGCCAUUACCAUGCGAACAAGCACUCUCAACGAAGCUAUGGUUCGUGGGUGAAAUGGGCAGGGAUGCGGCGGCUCACAGAUUAGAACCUCGAGAAGACGGGACUUACAUGCUACGAGUAAGACCAGCUGGACAGCCUAGACUGAAUAAUGAGACGAACUAUGCUUUAAGUAUCAAAGCGGAUGGUGCGGUAAAACACAUAAGGGUGUUCAAACGCGAUGUGGAUGGCGCCGAUCUAUACUACCUGAGCGAGUCACGCUUCUUCAAGAGUGUCGUCGAGCUCAUUGAGUACUACGAGAGGACAUCCUUAUCCGAGAAUUUUGAGAGGCUGGACCAGCGGCUGCUGUGGCCCUUCAGGCGAGUCCUGGCCAAGGCGCUCUUCGACUUCCAUGGAGGCGAACGUAAUCAGCUGAGUCUACGUCGCGGAUGUCGUGUUGUCGUCCUCAGCAAGGAAGGUGAUGCCAGGGGCUGGUGGAAGGGGAAAAUAGGCGACCAAGUUGGAUUCUUUCCCAAGAAAUACGUCGAGGAGGAAUAAGAUUGUUCGAUAUUGAUGUUUAUGGCCGUUAAAUUAUCGUAUCUAUCAUCUCUCGAUGCAGUAGCCAAUGGCUUUCACGUUAGAUUAAUUCGUGAAGGUUAUCUCUCGGUUAUCGUGCAAUCACGACGGAUUUGUCAUAAUCACAUAUCUUGCGAGCUGGAGCCAUGACUUGCAUAAGAUAACUCCUCUCCGCCAUAUUGUAUAAAAUUAUAUUAUUUAGUUAAAUGCAUCCUCACGCGUUUUAUCCCUCUUCGCGUUCCUACUCGUUCGUCACAUUCACGCAAAGCCAUCCGCUCUUUUGCACUGAGAUGUGGUACCAUUUACGAUUAUAAAUAUACAUAUAUAAAUAUAUAUAUUUUUUCGUGUGCAUUUAUCUGUGCGUAUAUACGUACAACAAUCGUUUAAGCGUUUACGCACACACGAGCGUAGGCUCUUUAUUAUUAGUAUAAAAAGCAUCUAUAACAUUUUUAACUUCUUAGACGUGUUCUCCAAUCGUGCCAAUAAGAAUUAUUAAUAAAACUCGCUGUUCAACGAGUCGUUAUACAAAUCA